CAGCAUCACUAACUCCAGACCUCAAAGAGCUUCUGAAACCUUCACAGGCAUCUUCACAGGCAGAGAUGCGUCUUCCUUUCCUCUUUGUUCUGGGCGUCUGCCUGGUACUUGCUCACUCUGAGUCUUCAGACAAAUUUCUUGGCAGUCCUUUCCUUCAGCACUGCUUUGAGGAGGCCAAGAAAAUUGUGGAUGAUGCUUACAAAUACUCCAGAGAAGAGAGUCUGAGACGAGUCCGCAAAGAGGUGGUGAGUCCUCACGACACCCUGCGUCUGAUGAAGCAGCCUCGCGGUGACACUCGCUCAGCCGUGAGAUCUGCAGACUACAUGGCACAAACCCUCCGUCUGCUGCACGACAGGGUGCACCGCGUGCACAAACGCUCGCUCAACGCAACAGAUUUGCUCACUGAAGAAGACCUGGAGGCACUUGAGCGUAUAACCGGAUGUGCAGCUCGAGCCCGUCCUCCACAGUGCGGCAUCAUACAGAACCUGAACAAGUACCGCACAGCCACCAGCAUCUGCAACAACCUAAAAAAUCCUCGCCUUGGAGCCGCCAACACUGCCUUCGCCCGCUGGCUACCUGCUCAAUAUGACGAUGACAUCUCCGAACCAAAAGGAAACAGAAACAAACCGAUCAACAACUUCCUGCUCCCGCUGGUGCGGCAGGUGUCCAACAACAUCCUCAGCACGACGGACGCAGGCGUGGUCAGCGACAAUGAGUUCUCCCACAUGGUGACCCUGUUCGGCCAGUGGAACGACCACGACCUCACCUUCACCCCCUUCUCGCCCAGCAUCAAGUCCUUCAGCAACGGGGUGGACUGUGAGGAGAGCUGCGAGCGCACUGAGCCCUGCAUCCCCAUCCCGAUUCCACCCGGGGAUCCUACCCGACGCUCCGGCCCAGACAAUUGCAUCCCAUCGUUCAGAUCCGCCCCUGCUUGUGGAACCGGAUUCUCGGCCUACAAUUUCGGCGGCGAGCCCGUCAGGAGGGAGCAGAUCAAUGCUCUGACGGCCUUCCUGGACCUCGGCCAGGUGUACGGCUCUGAGGAGAAGCUGGCCCUGGACCUUCGCAACCUGACCACCGGUGACGGCCUGCUGCGCAGCAACACAGAGUUCGACGACAACGGCCGCGAGCUGCUGCCCUUCCACUCCAUGCAGGUGCAGAUGUGUGCCACUCGCAGGGCAAUCACCAACAACAGCAACGCCAGGGAGGUUCCUUGCUUCCUUGCAGGGGAUGAACGUGUGGUCGAGAACGUUGCUCUGACGUCCAUCCACACCUUGUUUAUGCGUGAACACAACCGUCUGGCUCGCGCGCUGAAGAGAAUAAACCCCCACUGGGACGGUGAGACGCUCUACCAAGAGGCCCGCAAGAUCAUGGGCGCCUACACACAGCUGUUUGUGUUCAGAGACUACCUGCCGCACAUUGUGGGCGAUGACGCGAUCCGCAAUGUGAUCGGCCGUUACCCCGGCUACAAUCCCAACGUCGACCCCACCAUCUCCAACGUCUUCGCAACAGCAGCCUACCGCUUCGCCCACUUGGCAAUCCAGCCGGUCUUAUCCCGCCUGGGUCCAAACUACAGGGAGGACCCUCGGUUCCCCAGCGUCCCCCUGUUCAAGGCCUUCUUCACUCCCUGGAGAAUCGUCUUUGAAGGUGGAGUUGACUCUUUGCUGCGAGGUCUGGUGGGCCGCCCCGCUAAACUGGCCACCCAGGAUCACAUGCUGGUGGAGGCUCUGAGGGAUAGAUUGUUCCAGUUUAUGCGGGAACUGACCUUGGACCUGGGCUCCCUCAACAUGCAGAGGGGACGAGACCAUGGCCUGCCUGGCUACAACGCCUGGCGCAAGUUCUGCAACCUGUCUCAGCCCAGAAACCAGGCCGAGCUGGGCAGGGUCCUGAACAACAACGGCUUGGCCCGCAGGCUGCUGCAGCUCUACGGGACUCCCGACAACAUCGACGUGUGGAUGGGAGGUGUGGCAGAGCCGUUUGUUCAGGGCGGCCGGGUCGGGCCACUGUUCUCCUGCAUCAUCGCAAACCAGUUCAAGAAGAUCCGCCAGGGUGACAGGCUGUGGUACCAGAACCCCGGCGUCUUCACCCCGAGGCAGAGAGCCGCUCUGUCCACCGCCACGCUGUCCAGGAUCAUCUGCGACAACACCGGCAUCACCUCCGUCCCCCUCGACGCCUUCAACGUCAUCUCACAGAGGAACCGCCUCACCCAGUGCUCCAGACUGACUCCCUUGAACCUGUCCGCCUGGAGGGAGAGACCCUGCUUUGGUGGCAGCUGUAAGCGGGAUGGCGGUGAAGCAGAGGAUGCGGACCAGGAGGAUCCCGUGGAGACAAACGAGAUUCCAGACUUCGACCCGUUAGACUACCAAGACCCCGAGUAUGCCCGGGACAACGAAAAGGCCAAGGCGGAGUAGGACGCCGCGGCUCCACGCCCCCUCCAGGACCAGCAUUCAGCUUCAGAGCCCUUCAGUCCCCGUCCGCUUUCAUGGUCCGCCUG